CCCUCCCCUCCCUGCCGUAUACUAUUCGUCUCCAUUCCUGACUUUCGCGCCUUGGGAGGACCGCGGCUUGCGCAUUCUGAAUACAAUAGCUAGAUGAUAUGAGGAAGUUCCUGGGAUCCCUGAUCGCAGCGGCGAGCGUGGUCAGCGCGACGGUGCCGACGCUGCGGGCGCCGGCGUGCGCGGUGGGCAAGGGCAGCGUCGAGUACAGCAAGUCGGUGCCAGACGGGGGUCCGUUCCCGCGGACGCAGGUGGGGGUGUGCUACAGCGAGACGGCGAUCGAGAUCACGUUCACGGCGCUGGAGGAGGAGCACUUCUUCUUCAACGCGAGCCAGGGGACGAACGACGCGAUCUGGGAGUACGAGGUGAUGGAGGCGUUCGUCCACCGGGGGACGAACGACCCGCAGACGUACCUCGAGUUCGAGGUCAACCCGAACAACGUCACCUUCCAGGCCUUCAUCCACAACCCGUCCAAGGUGCGCGCGGCCGGCCGCGCCUUCGACACCUUCUUCGUCGCGCAGCCGCUCGCCGACGGGCUCGCCGCCCGCACCGUGCUCGACCGCGCCGCCCGCACCUGGACCUCGACCGCGACCGUGCCCCUCGGCCUCUUCAACGUCGACCCCGGCCGCGCCCGCGGCACCGCCUGGCGCAUGAACUUCUUCCGCACCGUCGUCGCCCCCGACACCUUCCCCGACCAGCUCCUCGGCGCCUGGAGCCCCCCCGACCAGCCCAGCUUCCACAUCACCCCCUUCUUCGGCAACGUCUACUUCGUGUAGCGGCCUGCGCGCGCCCGCCGACGCUAACCGGCCGCGCUCUAGAUAGGACGAAUUACUAGUAGUUCAAUACGAACUUGGCUCGUCUCGUAUUUAUUAGUGAGGCGCGCGCGCGUGCGAGAAGGAGAAAUCCUGCCGCCGCCGCCUGGCCUAUCGUAGGGACGGAACCCCUCGUAUCCCACCCCGCAUCGCGUGACAAGCGUGACAUUGC